GUGGGAAUUAACUCCGAUUUUCUAUUAAGUUUAUCUUCGCAGACAAAACGACGACAACGUUCUCUUAUGCAAAUUUACUUAAUUCAUAUGGAAUAGAAAAGAAGUAAAAUGCGAUCAUUAAUUCUUACAUUUACAAUCAACAUUUUAAUUUCAUCUUUGGAAUCAUGUCAACGAGCUGUAUUAAGUACCCAAAAAAUCACACCCGAACUAAAACAAAGAAUCUUAGAUUUACAUAAUUCCAAAAGACAAUCGAUUGCUUAUGGACAAGUUAUUGGUCAACCACCAGCCGGAGAUAUGUUAGAAAUUAAAUGGGAUGAGGAGUUAGCAGUUCGAGCACAAAGAUGGGCAUCUUCGUGUACAUCCGAGGAUCACGACCCACAACGAAAGACGAUGAGGUUCCUCGUUGGACAGAAUAUCGCCACGUAUUGGACAUCUCAGAAACCGGAAACCCUACGAGAUCUGCAACCAGACUUCGAUAAAGUGAUAAAUGGAUGGUUCUCUGAGGUGCGAUCGUAUAAAUACGGACAGAUUUUUAGUAAUCCAAGAAAUGGACAUUAUACCCAGAUGAUUUGGGGUAAAACUUAUUUAAUCGGUUGCGGAUAUGCUUUGUAUUUUAAUCCGAGUCAAGGGUAUACAAAGAAUUAUGUUUGCAAUUAUGGUCCUGGAGGUAAUAUCUUGUUAAGAACCCCAUAUGAAGUUUCAUAUCCAUCGUGUCAUAAUUAUAAGCUUAAUUUUUCAAAAACUUGGAAAGGAUUAUGUGAGUAUCCACCUAAUCAAAACCCACAUACUUUUAACCAUAUUCUUCAUCGUGUAUGAUGUACACCCUACAUCAUUAUUAAUUAUACCAAAAACAUGUUAUCUUGUAAGUUAAAUUAUAUAAUAAAAUAUUUUUAUAAAAUC